AUGAUGCUCGCCACUCUGAACUCGAACCUCGCCUCGAACGCUCUGGUCAACGCUCUCAACCGGUCGCACAUCAUCGUGGACAAGAUAAACGAUCUUUUCUGUCUCUCCAGCUUUUUCAGCCCAUGGUUUCCCGACUACUACUUCUCGGGUGGCACUGCCUUCGAUCACUCGGCAUUGGCGGACAUCAGGCUCCUUGCCGUCAGCAUGCCAAUGUGCAACCGCGGGCCGUGGGACUUCAUCUGCAGUGAUUGUCACAAUGACUUAGCCAACGAUCCGGGCUCGUUCUCGGUACAGGUCGAGAUCUGCAGACAGUGCAUUGCAUCCUGGGUUUCCAAGUUUCGGGACAUCGAACGGGUAUACCUCAUUGUUCCAGGAGUACGCCGGGCUCAGAUUGGUGACGAGGAGGCUGUGUACCGAUGGGGAGAGCCUGCCACGAUCCAGGCGGCCAUCGAUUCGUUGCCUAAGCCCUUCUUGCACACGCAGGUUGCUGACGACGUGGUUCUUCCGGCUACGGGUACAAGGCCAGCCAUCACUCUCCAAAGCACCGAGACUAUUGCGCCAUUCGGCCCCGAACGCCCGCGGUGUUUCUACGGCUGUGGGAUCACGCUCUUCGAGGUGCCCGCUGCCGAGGUCCCUGACAAUGCUGUUGAGAUCCUUGAAUGCAUGGUGAAGGAUGCACGCAACUUGCGCCAAGAAGACGUUGAGGAGGGCCACAGCGACUCGCCAUACCCACGCAACCCUAUCCACUGUGGCGGCGCCGUUGAGUUCAAGUUUUUGUCUUUCUAG